AUGGCAACUAAAGUUUCUCUAUGGGAUGCUAUGGCAUUACGCCGCUCCAGAUACGCGCUUGUUCCCCAAUCUCCUACAUCGGACGAACGUAUCAUCAAGAUUGUACAACACGCCGUCACGCAAUGCCCUUCUCCCUUCAACGUUCAAAGCGCACGUGCAAUCAUCUUACUGAGAGGAGAGCAUGAAAAGUUCUGGACUCUUGCAGAAGACUCUGCCGUCAAAACAUGGCCUCUGCCAGCUUAUCAGGCUCUAAAGUCAAAACUCGCCGAAUACAAGUCCGGGUACGGCACAGUGCUGUGGUUCGAGGAUCAAGAUAGUAUUUCAGCCGUCGAAAAACAACUCGGCCCGGCAAGAUGGGACUUGGUCAAAGAAAAGAUGCCACAGUGGAGCGAGCACUCAUCAGGUAUGCACCAAUAUGCUGUAUGGACAGCGUUGUCUGCCGAGGGUUUUGGUUGUAACUUACAGCACUACAACCCAAUUGUCGACGAAGGUGUUCGAGAACAAUGGAAGGUGCCCUCCAGUUGGGCUUUGAAGGCGCAAUUAGUAUUUGGCAAACCCGUUGGCCCUCCAAGAGAGAAAACAGUGAUACCUCCUGAAGAUAGGGUCUUCAUAUACAAGUCUUAAGCAUCGCGGCUUCUAGAUUGUGUCCAGAGAUCCCUACGAUGGACACGAUGUUCACCUUUUUUUUUAAUUGUUUAGCAGCGCCAAAAACACCAACGCUGGAAAUAGAGAAUAUGAUCCAUGUGUUGCUGCGGGGGUUUCGCGAGAAUUGUGCAUCCAAGUUCAAAAUUAUUUCCCGCCCAAUUUGAACGUCAGCGUUCUGGAUAAAGGUUGGACGUAAACUUACA